AUGGUUAUAAAUCCAUAUAUUAAUAAAAUUUAUGAAAAUGAAGAAGAUUUAAAUUCAAUGGUUCAUAAUUUAGGUUUAAUUUAUGAAAAACCAAUAUCCGAAUCCAAGAUAAAAUUAUUGAAACUGAAAACUAGAAAGAUUAAGAAGAUCAGAUCAUCUAGUUCAUUAAACAAUUCAAGAUCUUCAAGUUCAAGUGAAAAUCAUAAUAAAAUUUUCAAUAAUUUGAGUUUGAAUUUGAAUGGGAGUGGUAAAAAUAGAGUUAGUUCAUCUCCUCAACAACUGAAGAAUUAUUAUGAUAACUCACCUACAAGUGAUCAUUUUCCAAACGUAUCUACAAGUUAUAAAAAAAUGAGAAGUCGAUCGGGUGGUGAAUAUGAUUUAGAUUCAACUUUAAUUCAACAAUAUAUAAGACAACAGAAAGAACAAAUGCAUCAACAACAAGUUCCUCAAGUGUCGAUGGAUUAUUAUAAUACAAAUCAACAUUAUUCACAUUUACCACCACAUCAAUAUACUCAUCAACAACAAUUUCAACAAUAUCCCCAAGAUAAUUUUAAAGUAUCACAAAAUUCAAUGAAAAAUUUACAACAGGAGUAUUAUAGUGGUAAUGGAAAUGGAAAUGUAAAUGAUUUACCUCCGGCUCCUACACCAUCAAUGAUUAAUAAAUUUGGUUGA